AGCUUUUGCGCCUUCUCACCGCCGAAUUCAAAAAACCAAAGGGCGAUGAGGGAAGACUUCCAGAGCACUACGAGACAGCUUUAAUCCACAUUGCCGGAGAGAUAGCUUAAGCACACAAAAAAAAGAAAUGAGAAGAAGCAUUCAGGAAUAUAAUUAACCACAGUGAGUGUAUGUUCCAUUUCUAAGAAAGCCAACAUGAAGUGUCCACAAUAUGACAUAGCCAAGGCCAAGAGAAACAUGGAGAAAGACCCUGCAGAGAAGGCCUUUGGUCUUCAUGUAAAAAAUUCACCUUCCAAAGAACCCCUCCCUCUCAAACCACUGUGUCCCCCUGCUGAGAAAGUGUCCACAGUGCUGGCCUCCCAUCAUAGCACCUUGGGAGUGAUCCACGACAAAGAGAACCAGACCCUCAAGGAGCAUGAGAGGAACCCGGAGGAAGCGCUGGAGGACAGCGGCUACAUGUCUUUGCAAAACAGUCAAACUGAGGAAGACUAUGACCACGGCCAAGCAAGACCACUGAAAAUCCUUCUGCAACCUCUUUCACCUCAAAAGGACGAGGCAUCGCCCAAACGCUCAACUCUGUUUCAAGAGGGCACAGGUUCUGGCACAAUGACGCUGGUGGCUGCUUCCACCCCCGUGAAUCACUGCAGGCGGCAAGUGCUGCAGUACUCCUUGUCGUCCACCCCCUCCGAGCACCACGAGAACUCCAACCUGCCCAUCAUGAAGUUCCAGCAGGCCGUGUGCAAAGAGCUCCAUAAGAGUUAUCUCAAGACAAAGAGGUAUGACUGGAGCAUCAUCUCCAAGGUGGCCGAGGAUCACCUCCUGCAUCAGGUGAUUGGGCGCCAGAUGGGCCUGGAGUACGUGGAUGUCUUUUCAUCUCUUCUAUCCAAGAACAUGAGAUGUAUCCUCGCCAACAUCCUGGCCCUGCUUGGAGAUCUGGACCUCAUCAGCUGCAGGAAGGUGAGCAGGACCUGGAGGAAGAUCAUUUGUGAAGACGGCGCCGCUCUGAGAAGGUGUGAGCAAGCUGAGCAGAUGCUUCAGGAGUCUGUUAGCUCUGUGAAGCUAAAGGAUUGCGAUCUGACGAGGGACAUGGCCGUGUCCAGGGUGGUGCUGUCCUGCGUGCAGAAGGUGGCCUCGCCACACCAUCUAUCAGCAUCACCAUCCUUGUCGACAAACUCUGGCGUCAAUAGACGGAUAGCUCCUGCACAGAAAGGCACCUCACAGCGUUCUCGUUUCAAGGAAUUCAUGCAGGCCGCCAGCAGCCUGAAGCAGCACCAGUCUCUGCGGCGCUGCAUCCACUGCGGCUCACCGGCGACUCACUCGGCCAAGGUCCAGCGGGCCACAUGCACACGGCCGACCUGUCAGUUCGACUUCUGCACCUGCUGCCAGGAGGCCUUUCACGGCUCCACCCCGUGCCGGAUGAUGACCUCCUGGUCCCACAUCACCUCCCCCAAAAGCACCCCAAUCCUUCCAGGGAGCUGUCAAAGCAAGAGAAAUGUGAGGAGGUUAUAGUGGUUGACUUGGCUUUUUUUUUUAUAUAUAUAAAAAAAGACCUGUAUUUUAAGCGGUCACGCUUGGACAGUGGGAUUUGUUUUUCACACAAGUUUGCUGUGGAUGUGUGUUUUAAACGUGUUGGUGAUUUAAAAUGGUGCUGACACACACAAACACUCAGACUUGACUGAAUGAAUGGAAGCACUUGUUCUGAAACUGGACAAUCCGGCCAGCGACCCUUAUUUGGGAUAAAAAUGAAAAAACUGUUGCUGGUAAAGCAAAACCAAAAAGAACUGGUACUUUAAAUUGGAUAUUUUAAUCAUGUUUUAAAUUGUUUCAUGAUUGUAUAUAUGUCUUAUUUGUAAAUGGU